AUGUCGAUUCGCGGAAUUGAGCAGAAUUUAACAAGAUGGCCACUGCAGAAAGCUGUGGAAGAUCUUGUCGAUGAUAUUGGCCAUGCUCUUAGAGAGCUACAUGAAUUGAAGGGUGAACCACGAGAUCAUUCAGUUCCACGGUACAUUGUUCGGCGAAAACUUGGCGUUCAAAAAAGCGGUCAAGUCAAAAUUGCCGCUGGUAAAAGUAAAACUCAUUUGAUGUUUUAA